AUGCGUGUAUCGCAAGCUCCUCUGAGCUCGACGCUCGCUUUUCUUCUCGGUGCGAGCCUGACACAAGCUCAGUACCUCAUCAAUGAGCUCAGCUUUGGCUACACUGGCAGCAUAUCGCCCAACAACGAUGGCCACGUUCCCAACUUUGUCCUCCAGGGACAACCAAACCAGCCCGAAAUCCUCUCCAACAAGAUCAUCCUCACCCCCGUCGCCCCCGGGAACCAGCGCGGCUCCAUCUGGAGCACCCAGAAGGUGAUGCACAGCAACUGGAUCGCCGACAUCGACUUUCGUGCCAAUGGCGGCGAGCGCGCCGGUGGAAACCUCAACAUCUGGCUCACCAGCGGCGGUUCCAACGAUGUUGGCAUGAGCUCAGCAUACACUGCAGGCCGCUUCGACGGUCUCGUGCUUGUCGUCGACGGUCACGGCGGUACUGGUGGCAUGGUUCGCGGCUUCUUGAACGACCGCUCGACCGACUACAAGGCCCAGAGUGAUAUCAGCGGCCUUGCCUUCGGUCACUGCCAGUACCACUACCGCAAUCUCGGCCGCCCCAGCCAGAUUAAGCUGCGCCAGACCUCCAGCGUCUUCAAGGUCGAGAUCGACGGACGCCUUUGCUUCGAAACCGACAAGGUCAAGAUCCCUCCCGGCUACUCCUUCGGUAUCACCGCCGCUAGCGCCGACAACCCGGACUCUUUCGAGAUUUUCAAGAUGGUCGUUAUGUCCGACUCGCUUCACGCCGGCGAGCAGCAGAACCAGGGCCAGCAGCAGCAGCAGCAGCAACAAGCUCAUGAGCAGAAGGCCAACCAGGGCCAGCCGAACAACCCCCGCAGCGGCAACGAAGAUCCCAUCGACCUCAACGCCAUCCCCGACAGCCCUGCCGACGUGAUCACCUCGUCCAAGGCGCAGUUCGCCGAUUUGCACAACCGUCUUCAGUCGGUGAACCACCAGAUCGGCACCAUUUACCGUUCUGUCAACCAGUACAACCAGCACGCCGAGAACCGCCACGCAGAGACCUCGCAGAUUCUCGACUCGCUCCGCACGGAGCUGCGCAAGAUUGAGAAGGUCUACAGCAUCGAGGACCGCAUCAACGCCCUCGAGCGUGAGAUCCGCGCCAUGCGCACCGAUCUCAACCUGCAAAUGAAGAACACGGAGCACUCUCUCAAGGGCUACAUGAGCGAACAUCACUCCACCCUGUCCUCGAACAUUGUCAACGCCGCUCCUGGUCACGGCAAGCUUAUCCUCGUCAUUGUCGGGUCUCAGGUCGUUCUCGCUGUCGGCUACGUCCUUUACAAGAGAAGAAAGAACUCGAUGCCCAAGAAGUACUUGUAA